CUUCGCGCCCUUCUCGGCAGGCAGCUUUUUCGAGCACGAGGGCCGCCCGCUGUGCGAGAACCAUUUCCACGCGCGACGCGGUUCCCUGUGCGCCACUUGUGGUCUCCCGGUGACCGGCCGUUGCGUGUCGGCGCUGGGCCGCUGCUUCCACCCGAACCACUUCACCUGCACCUUCUGCCUACGCCCGCUCACCAAGGGCUCCUUCCAGGAGCGCGCUGGGAAGCCCUACUGCCAGCCCUGCUUCCUCAAGCUCUUCGGCUGACUGCCUCUGGGUUCGCCCCGCCGGGAGACCGCGGCCCCAAAGACCCCGCCCUUACCCCAAACGCUGAGCUCUCCACACCUCGAGGCCUUGCUCUUUGAGCGUGGGGCUCCCCUCAGCCCCGCCCUGUGAGGCCCGCUGGGGAGACUCGCCUAAGGUACCCUAGUCUCUGUUCUCCGAGGGCAAGUUCAGAAAAGGUCCAGCCAAUCCCAAAGCCACAUGCCCCCAGAGUGGGCCGUACUCUGACGUGCGGGAGUCCUUCACUUUGCAGGAGGGCCCUUGCAGUUUCAACUGACUUAGAGGCCAGGCCAAGACGUUCCUCUCCCCGGUCCCUCAAUGCUCUGUGCACUUUUUUCUACCUACAUAAAUACACAGUCCACAUCACAUUGGUGCUGAGUCUGCACUGGAGAGCUUUGCGGCGACACCCCGUCCUUUGUACUGUUGCUUUCCGCAGCCAGUUCUAAGCCACAGCCCUGUGGCUGGAGGGGGGCCUCUAGCCUCAGCCUUGCAGCCUUCACAUAUCAGAUGAGCCCUGACAGCUGGAAAGGGCGGCAACCAUAGCAGGAUUGUACAGAUAGUGGCAGAGCCAGGACAGGAGCUCAAGCUGGGCCCCAUAGAACCUUCAGGCCCCCAUCCCCCUUUAUUAGCUCUGUAUUCUUGAAAUAAGUACUGAAUCCGUUCCCUUCCCAAUUCCCCACACCCCUGCCAUUUUGUCUGGUUUCCAGAUUUUUUCCUCCCCCUGUAAGACCUUCAGAGAUGGGACAUUAUCUAGAAAUGCCAACCUAUGCCCACCCUUUGGAUCUGGGCACUAAGGCAGAGAUCCCUUUUACCAGUAAUGGCUCAUACAUCUCUAGGCAGAGGGUGACACUUGGUGUGGUCAAAGCAGUGACUGAGGGAGGCACUGGGGGCUGGAGGAGCCCAACUGGGAGUCAAGGAACACUUCCUGGAGCAGGUGACACCUGAGCUAGACCCAGAAGAAAAGGCUGGGGCCAGAGGGUUUCAGGUGUGGAGCUCAGGCUCUAUCUGAAUCUCCAAGCCCUGCGGGCCAUUCUGAGGCCCACAACCUUCACCUUGGACCCUGCAGUUCCCUAGGGAGGGGGCACGGACUCCUGGGUCCAAAUUAUAGGGGCCUUUGAGGAUAGAAACGAUGGAUCCUCAGAGCCCCUUUCAUCUUGAGGAGGAACAAGAAGCCAAGCAGAGCAUGUGUGGGCAAGAAACAGGUGAGGUGUCGUCAUAGGUCCUUCCCUGUCUGAGGCUCCUUUCCCUGGGUCUGCCCAGGCCCCCUGCUCGUCCCCUCCCACAGACAUUCCCUGGGCAACGCAGUCCACGCCCUGGCUUGUAACCACUUCCCUGUCUUGAUGCCCCGACUGGCCAUCUCCAGUCCCAAUUCAUUCAUUCCCCAGGUGUUUAUUGAACACUCAGUGUGCCAGGUGCUGGGCAGACCACAGGGGACCAAGCAGAUAUGCUCCUUGCCCUUGUGGAGCUGAAGUCUAGUAGGGGAGACAGAUGACAAGUAUACAGGUGACAAGUGUGAUGAAGUAAUGGGACUUCCCUGACAACCUAGGUAGAGUUGGCUGGUCCUCCUCUUUUCCACCCACAGCCCCGCCUUACUCCACAGCACUUUUAACUGUUGUAAAUAUAAUACAUGUUUAUCUGUUGCUUGUUAAUGUCUGUUUCUGAGACUGGAAUGCAAGCUCCUGACAGCUUAUUUGUCAGAUGACAUGUUUGUCAGAUAACAUUGUCUCUCUAGGGUCUAGAAUGACAUCCAGCAUGUGGUAAAGGCUCAAUAAAUAUUUGUUAAUGAAGGAAGGAAUGAGGAAGAAAAGAAGGCACGAAGGUGAGAAGGAAAAAAAUAGAGAACUAAGAGAAGUUGGGGAAGGGGUUACCUUACCAGAUAGUUGGAGAAGGGCACUGUGCAAAUGUAAUGUCUAAGAGAAAGAGCCAACCAGGCAAAGAGCCGGAGGAGAACAUUCCAGACAGAGGAAACAGCAAGUGCAGAGGCCAGGAGGUAAGGAGAGUCUGGCAUGUUGGAAGAAAGGAGAGAAGGUUGUAUGGCUGCAUUCGAGUGAGCAAGAGGGGGGGCAGCAGAUGAAGGCAGAGAGGAAGAGGAUGUUACCGGCCACUGUGAGGGCACACAGAUUAUAUUAUAAGAGCCUAUAAGCCCACUAUGUCCUCUGAUACUGGAUUCCUCUUAGGCACCUCAUUUAGUCCCUGAAGCAGACACUGUGGGUGCCCUGCCCAUAUCUGCUUGGCCCACCAUAUACAUCAUCAGGGAAGUCCUAUGUAGGCAGUGCCCAGACACCCAGCCUCCCCAGCUGCUUCCUGAGCUGUCUGAGGGUGCUCCUCUUGGGGGAAAGGAGUGUGCCCCUGUACCCAGCAGGCCUGAAGUGGGUGGGGAGGUGUAACCUCCAAUCAGUUAGACACAGUAACUGGUGAAUAAACACAGCAGGCUCCUGGCCCCAUGGGGGUCAGUUCUGAGGUGUGCUCUCUACAGUCUCAGAGGGUCCCCAUUUGGAUUGGGUUCCAGCCAUUCACAGUGGUAACUUGUCAGUUGGUGCACACUUUAUUGGUUUUUCCCUUUUCUUUGUCUCACUUCCCCACUCCUUCACUGUCUUUACUGAGAUCACCUCCCCAUUAAAGUCCUUGUACUCCAAUUCUCAUUGUAGGGUCUACUCUGGAAGGGACCCAAAAUAAGGCACUCCUUCAACAUAACUCAUUAUAUUCCCCUAAAAUAUUGUUCUCUCUUUCCCAUCUUAGGCAUGAACCCAACUGCCAUAGUCAGACAUCCAAUUCUGGUCAAUUCUACAAGAAAGACAGAGGCAUAGCUAUGCAUCAACCUCUCCCUUCUUGAAUUCAGGGAUAAAUCAGACCAUUUUCUGCUCUGGGGAAAUUUCUAACUUGUUGGAGAGAAGGCCUGGUCCCUGUAAAGGACCAUACAAUGUUCUCAGAACUAUAUCAGAAAAGUCAGAGAAGUCUUUCCUGAAGGAGUGACAUGGGCUGGGCACUGAAGGGUGAGCAGAAGUUGACCAUUUGGGAGGCAGGGAGGCUCUUAUACAGAAGGCACAACUCACGAGACAAUUUGGGGGUAUGAAAAUACACAGGCUGAAAAGAGCAAAGGUGCGGGAAGGAAAUGGAAGGAAACUCCAGGUUCAGAAUGGAGGAGAACGGGAAGGGUGGCAAGAGGUGGGCAUGGCAGGCCUUGACCUCCAGUAGGUCAAGGAGUUUCUACUUCCUCCUGAGUGAUGAGGAGCUAUGGAGGGUUUCUGAGCAGCAGAGCGACAAUGUCAGAUUGGGGUUUGAAAAUGAUCCCUCUGGAUUGGUCAGAACCAGGCUCAGUCAGGCCCCUAGGUCAAGGCUGAAGGGUAGGCAUUUUUAGGGGGUGAAAGAAGUGAUUUUGAGCCUGAGGCAUUGGGGAAGGGGUAGAGGUUAGGGUCCAGGGAGGAGUGCUCCUGAACUUGAAAGUGCCCACCUCCCCAGGACCAGCCUUCAGCCUCGACGUGACCUGAUUCAGCUAAAUAAAGCUGAAGGGGCGGAGGGGGGGGGGGACGACCAAGGCCUGGGGAAUUUGUCAGCUCACUGCCUCUGAGGUAACCAUUAAUCCCUCGCCUGGGAGAAUCUGGAGAUUUGUCCCUUGAGGGGCAGAUCUGUACAGAAUGGAGGAACACACAGAGGCAGGCUUGGCACCAGGGCUGGGGAGUCAGAGCGUCCUAAUUGACAACCCUGCUGACAUCCUGGUCAUUGCUGCUUAUUUCCUGCUGGUCAUUGGUGUCGGUUUGUGGUCCAUGCGCAGAACCAACAGAGGCACUGUAGGUGGCUACUUCCUGGCUGGACGAAGCAUGGUGUGGUGGCCGGUCGGGGCCUCUCUCUUUGCCAGCAACAUCGGCAGUGGCCACUUCGUGGGCCUGGCAGGGACUGGCGCUGCAAGUGGCUUGGCUGUGGCUGGAUUUGAAUGGAACGCGCUGUUUGUGGUGCUGCUACUCGGCUGGCUCUUCGCGCCGGUGUACCUGACAGCGGGAGUCAUUACGAUGCCACAGUACCUGCGCAAGCGCUUCGGCGGCCAUCGUAUCCGCCUCUACCUGUCUGUGCUCUCGCUUUUUUUGUACAUCUUCACCAAGAUUUCGGUGGACAUGUUCUCCGGGGCGGUCUUCAUUCAACAGGCUCUGGGCUGGAACAUCUAUGCCUCUGUCAUCGCGCUGCUGGGCAUCACCAUGAUCUACACGGUGACAGGAGGGCUGGCAGCGCUGAUGUACACUGAUACCGUGCAGACCUUCGUCAUUCUCGGGGGUGCCUUCAUCCUCAUGGGUUACGCUUUCCACGAGGUGGGCGGGUAUUCAGGGCUUUUCGACAAAUACUUGGGGGCAAUGACGUCGCUGACAGUGUCUGAGGAUCCGGCUGUGGGCAACAUCUCCAGCAUCUGCUAUCGACCACGGCCUGACUCCUACCAUCUGCUCCGGGACCCUGUGACAGGGGACCUGCCAUGGCCCGCGCUGCUCCUGGGGCUUACCAUCGUCUCAGGCUGGUACUGGUGCAGCGACCAGGCAGCUGAACGCCCCUGGUCGCAGGUCAUUGUGCAGCGCUGCCUAGCGGGGAAGAACCUGACCCACAUCAAGGCGGGCUGCAUCCUGUGCGGCUACUUGAAGCUGCUGCCCAUGUUCCUCAUGGUCAUGCCGGGCAUGAUCAGCCGCAUUUUGUACCCGGACGAGGUGGCGUGCGUAGUACCGGAGGUGUGUAAGCGCGUGUGCGGCACCGAGGUGGGCUGCUCCAACAUCGCCUACCCACGGCUUGUCGUGAAGCUCAUGCCCAAUGGUCUGCGUGGACUCAUGCUGGCGGUCAUGCUGGCCGCGCUCAUGUCCUCCCUGGCCUCCAUCUUUAACAGUAGCAGCACACUUUUCACCAUGGACAUCUACACGCGCCUGCGUCCCCGCGCAGGCGACCGCGAGCUGCUCCUAGUAGGACGGCUCUGGGUGGUAUUCAUCGUGGCCGUGUCUGUGGCCUGGCUGCCCGUGGUACAGGCGGCGCAGGGCGGGCAGCUCUUUGACUACAUCCAGUCCGUCUCCAGCUACCUGGCGCCGCCUGUGUCCGCGGUCUUUGUGCUGGCGCUCUUCGUGCCCCGCGUCAAUGAGCAGGUGAGCAUGAGUACAGGCCUAGCCUGGGGCAGAGCUUGGUCAUCGGAGCCGGCUGACGUCCUCUCCCUGCAGGGCGCCUUCUGGGGACUGAUCGGGGGCCUGCUGAUGGGCCUGGCGCGCCUCAUUCCCGAGUUCUCCUUUGGCUCUGGCAGCUGCAUCAGGCCGUCUGCGUGCCCCGCCCUCCUCUGUCGUGUGCAUUACCUCUACUUCGCCAUCGUGCUCUUCACCUGCUCCGGCCUCCUCACCCUGGUGGUUUCCCUGUGCACAGCACCCAUCCCGCUCAAGCAUCUCCAUCGCCUGGUUUACAGUCUCCGGCACAGCAAGGAGGAGCGGGAGGACCUGGAUGCUGAUGAGCAGGAAGGCCCAACCUCCACACUUGUGCACAACCGGCUCCCUGAGCUGGCAGUGGACAUGGAGGAGCCUGGGUCCCGGGCACCAGGCCUGCUGUGCCAGUGCCUGCUGUGGUUCUGCGGAAUGAGCAGCAGCAGGGCGGGCGGGGCCCCCCCGCCCCUCCAGGAGGAGGCAGCUACCACAACCGGGCGGCUAGAGGACAUCAGUGAGCACCCGAGCUGGGCCCGUGUGGUCAACAUGAACGCCCUGCUCAUGAUGGCUGUGGCCACAUUCCUCUGGGGCUUUUAUGCCUGAGGCCAACUGUGGGGGAUGCCACGGCCUCCCCAGGCAGGCUCAGCCUCACAGUGCAUGGAGGCAGAAGGACAGAGGUCCUGCUCCCCUCCCUGCUUUGCUUCUGCUCAGGACCUGGCCCACCUCCCUGGCAGUUACUUUUCAUGAGUCCUUGGUCAACCUGUCCCAGCAGCUCCCCUAAAUAAAAAUAAAGCUGCCUUUCCACGUCC